GGCGGCCGGGCCUUGGAGGGCGCGCCAUCAUGUCCAUGCUGCCCACGUUUGGCUUCACCCAGGAGCAAGUGGCUUGCGUGUGCGAAGUGCUCCAGCAAGGCGGCAACAUCGAGAGGCUGGGCCGCUUCCUGUGGUCCCUGCCGGCUUGCGAGCACCUCCACAAGAACGAGAGCGUCCUGAAGGCCAAGGCCGUGGUGGCCUUCCACCGGGGGAACUUCCGCGAGCUCUACAAGAUCCUGGAGAGCCACCAGUUCUCGGCGCACAACCACCCCAAGCUGCAGCAGCUGUGGCUCAAGGCGCACUACAUCGAGGCCGAGAAGCUGCGGGGGCGACCCCUAGGGGCGGUCGGCAAGUACCGGGUCCGCCGCAAGUUCCCCCUGCCCCGCUCCAUCUGGGACGGCGAGGAGACCAGCUACUGCUUCAAGGAGAAGAGCCGGAGCGUGCUGCGGGAAUGGUACGCCCACAACCCUUACCCGUCCCCUCGGGAGAAGAGGGAGCUCGCCGAGGCCACCGGGCUCACCACCACCCAAGUCAGCAACUGGUUCAAGAACCGCAGGCAGCGCGACCGGGCGGCCGAGGCCAAGGAAAGGUACGAGGAAAACAAUGAAAAUUCCAGCUCCAACGGCCACAACCCGCUUUCCUCCUCCCUGAACGGCAACAAGGCAGUUUUGGGCAGCUCUGAAGAUGAGAAAACACCCUCAGGGACCCCUGAUCAUUCGUCGUCUAGCCCCGCUUUACUGCUCAAUUCGAACCCAGGUUUACAACCGCUCCACAGCUUAGGCCAUCCCCAGGGUCCUAGUGCCAUUCCGGUACCUAGUGCGGACCCUCUGCACCAUCACAGUUUGCAAGACUCCAUCCUCAACUCCAUGUCCUCUAAUCUGGUUGACCUUGGCUCUUAAACAUGCUUGUGGCAUCAAUGAAGUUCCCCUAGCCCAAGCUUCCCUCUCA